UUGUUAGCGAAAACAUUACGUGUUUUAACACCAUUCUUCACAUAUUUAGAGGAGGGGGGCUGCAGUUAAACUGUACCGGAAACAUCAGUCCAUUCUUUGAGGUAAGAUAAUGGAUUGCUGUGGUCUGCUAACUCUUCAGAAGGAACCAGUUCCUCUGAAGAGCAUUGAGGUGGAGCUGGAGGUGAGGGACCAUGUGGCUACAGUGGUCUCCACUCUGAACUAUGAGAACAAGGAGGACAAACCAUUAGAGGCUGUUUUUGUCUUCCCUGUGCCUGGAGAUGCUGCUGUCUGUCAUUUCAGUGCUCAGAUUGGACAGACACAGAUUGUAGCUGAGGUGAAGGAGAAACAGGAGGCUCGUGAGGAGUAUGAUGAUGCUCUGAGCUCCGGUCAGCAGGCCUUCCUAUUGGAGGAGAGUGAUGAGAGUCCAGAUAUAUUCUCUCUGAGUGUGGGCAGUCUGCCUCCAGGAGAGAGCGCCUCCAUCAGGUUGGAGUACGUCACUGAGCUGGCUGUGCAGGCUGAUGAUGGUCUGAGGUUCUGUCUGCCUGCUGUGCUCAACCCUCGAUACCAACCUCAGGGUAGUGAAGAUGCAGGUGUCCAGGUGACUUCUGUUCCAGCCUCUCUGGUGCCCUACAGUCUGUCUUUUUCUGCCCGAGUGUCCUCUCCUCGUCCAGUCUCUAAAGUAGAGUCCAACUGUUCCCUGGACCCUCUGCAGUACCUCAACACUGAUCAAACCCAGGCCACGGUCAAGCUGGCUGCAGGACACAAGUUUGACAGAGAUGUUGAACUGCUGAUUUAUUACAAAGACGCCCACCAGCCCACUGCUGUGGUGGAGGCAGGACAGGCCUCUGCUGAGCCGGGCUCUCUGAUGGGUGAUCCAGUGGUGAUGGUGAGUCUGUACCCUGAGUUCCCCCAGUCUGUGAUGUCUUCAAAGGCUUCAUGUGGAGAGUUUGUGUUCUUAGUGGAUCGAUCUGGAAGUAUGGACUGUGCUACGAGUAACACUGAGCAGCAGGAAACUCGGAUCAGCAGUGCCAGGGACACUCUGCUGCUCCUGUUGAAGAGCUUACCAAUGGGCUGCUAUUUCAACAUUUACAGUUUUGGGUCUAGUUAUGAACACAUCUUCCCUAAGAGUGUAGAGUAUGGUGAGAAGACCAUGGAGGAGGCUCUGAAGAAAGUUGAGCAGAUGGAGGCUGAUCUUGGAGGAACAGAGAUCCUGGAGCCCCUCAAACAUAUUUACAGCCAGCCCUGCAUUCCCACUCAGCCUAGACAGCUGUUUGUCUUUACUGAUGGAGAGGUGGGGAACACCAAAGAAGUGAUCGAUCUGGUGAAGAAGAAUUCAGGCUCCCACAGGUGUUUCUCUUUUGGGAUUGGGGAAGGGGCCAGCUCUGCUCUCAUCAAUGGGAUGGCCAAGGAAGGAGGAGGUCACGCUCAGUUCAUCACAGGGACUGACAGGAUGCAACCAAAAGUGAUGCAGUCGCUGCGAUUUUCUCUGCAACCAGCAGUGGAAGAUGUUUCUGUUACAUGGGAUUUACCAAAGGGAUCAAAAGUCACUGUCCUCUCUCCACCAAUCACAACCAUUUUCCAGGGUAAAAGGUCACUGAUUUAUGCCCAGCUCACUGGACAGAGCUCAGAGGCAGCAGAGGGCUGUGUAACGGUGAAAUACAGCCUGGCAGGUCAUCCCUCUGAGAACCACCUGCACUUCAGUCUCAGACCUGCAGAGAACUCUGGCUUAAUAGUCCACAGGUUAGCUGCUCGGACUCUUAUUUGCUUGCUAGAGAUGGAAGCGGAAAACAAUCAGGAAAAAGAAGAAGUAAAAAAGAAGGUGGUGCAGCUGAGUGUCCAAUCAGGAGUGAGCAGUUCUUUCACUGCUUUCAUUGCUGUCAAUACAGACAACAACAAGGAGAUUCAAGGACCUCUUCUGCACAGAGACAUUCCAAUGGCUGGUCUAAUGAAAUGUCUUGCUACCCCUUGCUGUCUGGCAGCUCAUAGUUCCUCUUUUUCGCCCGCAGGUGUACGGUACUUGUAUGCAGCGCUUGACUCUGAAGCAGAUUGUGAGGUGGAUUAUGGAUGCCCUCUAGAAUUCGAAGACAUGUGCAGUUACAGAGCACUGCCAGAUGAAGAAUUUCCACCUGCUGAGAAGCCACUCAGAGACCCUUUGCUGCUGUUAGUCUCCCUCCAGAAGGCGUCUGGCUGCUGGCUGCUUGAUGCAGCUCUGGCUGCUGCACUGGGAAAGACCAACGAGGAGGUGGAAAAGUCAAAGCCUGAAAAGGCCAGCAGUGAAGUGUGGGCCACCAUUCUGGCUCUGAUCUGGCUUCAUGGUUUCAAGAUGGAUGCAAAGGACGAGUGGGAGCUUCUGGCUGCAAAGGCUGUAUCAUGGCUCAGUGCGCAAAAAGCACCAUCUGUGACCGAGUGUGUGGAAGCCGGAAAUAUAUUGUUGGGUUGCAGUGUGCAAAAAACUGCCCUUGGCCUCUGAGGUUUUUAUUAAACCAACAACUUCUUUACGAUUAUUACACAGAAGCAGAUUUACUUCAUACUUCAUCCACAUUAAUCUUUGCAUCGUCCAACUUUAUUAUCUAAUGUGCCUUAUUUUAUGCUGCAUGUGUCCAAAGUCAGCUUUGUAGGAGGACCAGAGAUUAUUGCUUUUGUAUUCUAACUUUAAUGUUGCUGUUUGCUUGAAAGCAUCAAAUAUUAAACAAA